CCUGGAGGCGAGAGGAGACAAUUAACUCCAACUAACAAAUCCUCCUCUCCGGGCUCUCCAACCCCAACCCGAACCCAAACCCUAGAAGGGACGAUCCCCAUGGCCGCCGUGCAAGAUAUCGACCGCCCGUCGGCGCCGGAUGCGCCCCCGUCCGCGGCGUCCUCCCCGCCCCCUCCUGGCCCGAUCCGGCCAUCCGUGCACCGCGCCCUCGGCGGCGGCGUAGUUGCUGAUGUGCUUCUUUGGAGGCGGAGGAACUUGGCAGUUCUCACGGCGGCCGGCGCUACGACGGUGUGGUUCCUAUUCGAUCGGGCCGGAUACAGCUUCUUGUCUGUUAUCGCGAAUGCCCUCCUCCUCCUCGUGGUCAUCCUCUUCUUUUGGGCUAAAUCUGCCUUGCUCCUCAACAGACCUCUUCCGCCCCUUCCUAAUCUCGAGAUUCCGGACGAGGUCGUGGGUAAGGCUGCCGACGGGGCUCGGGUGUGGAUCAAUCGGGCGUUGGCUGUUGGGCACGACAUUACGAUCCGAAGAGAUAGGAAGGUUUUUCUUCAGGUCAUCUUGGUUCUGUGGCUCAUCUCCUACAUUGGAAGUUUUUUCAACUUCCUUACACUUGUGUACAUAGGAGUUCUUCUGUCCAUUACACUUCCUGCUUUGUAUGACAAGUAUCAAGAUCAUGUUCAUGAAAAGCUUGGUGUGGCACAUAAUGUGGUACUGAAGCAGUAUGGGAAUAUCUUAAGCAGAGUUCAGGCACAAUCAACCAAGGAAAAGAAGACUGAGUAGCAAAUUUAUCAUUGCAACCAGAUCAAGACACUAUAACCUUAUGGGAAAACUGUUACUCGUGUUGUUUGGAGUCUUUUUUGGCAUGUUGAUCGUUUUGACUAGGAACUGGGAUGCCUUUUGAGUAAGCAGUGCCAAAAUCUCUCUUAUUGAGUCAUCUUUUACACCGUAUGUUUUGAGAACUUUUUUUUUUGGCGUACUAUGUUCUACCUUCAUAUUUGGCCUUCUCUCCUGCAUUUGAGAUUGAGAAAAGUGCAGAUCUUGUGCAAAUUAUUGUAGUUUGGACUGAACACCGUUUCUGAGUUUGUCAUUAGUUUCAGUAUUCUAAAGCACGUUGGGCCA